UUAUGUUUUGAAAAAUGUUUCCUUGUUUUUAAACAAUUAAAUUAAAACUUUUCAGUAAUAAAUGAAGACAAGCGAUGUUUCCAACAGAUGCAACCAUGCUCAUUUACUAUUUUACUAUAGCAGUCAUCUUAUCUAUAUAUAUAAUUUUCUUCUGGAAGACGCUAGAAAACAAGCUGUAAGCGCGCUCCGUACCACCCGCACCCCUACAUGGUCUGAUUUUAAGUUUGUUAUCUGUGUUAACAUCAAGAGCUAAUUACAUCUAAAAUAUUUCAAGAAUCAUGACAUGUAAAGAACCAAAUGAUUAUAAUUUAGCAAAAGCUAAGCACAUUCACACUGAGGAAGUAGCUAAAGGAAAAUGGAUAGCUAUGAAUAUUAUAUCCUACUUGGAUCCAACAGGAAAAGAAAGAAAAUGGGAAGGUGUUACAAGAACUACAAAAUCUAAAACAGAAGCUGAUGCUGUUGGUAUGAUAACACUAUUUAAAGAUCCAGUACAAAAUUGUGAUUGUGUUGUACUCAUUCGUCAGUAUAGGCCUGCUAUACAUUCAACCACUGUUGAAUUUCCUGCAGGAUUAAUUGAUGCUGGUGAAACAGCCGAGGUUGCUGCUAUCAGGGAAAUGAAAGAAGAGACAGGUUUAACAGUAACGGUGAAGCAUGUAUCACCAGCUACUGCCACAGAUGCUGGUGUGCUGGACACCACUAUGAAAAUGGUAACUUGUGAGGUGAACUUAAAUGAUCUCAAAGAGCACAAUUUGAAACCAAGUGUUGGAGGAAAUGCCACAUAGCCUGGAAAAAAUUGUCCCCCAACACUUAAAAAUACACACAAGAAAACUGUCACCACACACUGGAACCAUGUCACAAACAAGGGAGCAUCAAGCUGG